GACGUUCAUGCCGGGAGAGGAUGCGAGGCGCAGGAAAGUAACAAGAGAGGCGGCAUCCAAUUCCAAAGCUGGAAGCCAAGUUCCUGGAGUAAGAAGGACGGAAGGAGCUCCCGGAUGAAGGACUGAAGCGCCCUCCAAGCGGGGCAGGCUGGUCGCGGCGCGCAGCUCCAAAUGUAAACCAACCACCCAAAGCGCUCAAACUUUGCAGCCGGAGGAAGAGCGCAGCUGCUGCCGCCGCCGCCGCCGCCUGCGCCCUUCGGCCCGGGCCGCUGGCCGUGGAGCGGGCUUCUCGCGGUGCCCUCGUCGGUGCUCCUCGUCGUCGUCGUCGUCCCCGGAGGUGGUGAUCGGGCGGAGCGGGCUCGGCAUCUGCCCCCGCGCGCGGCGGCGGCGGCGUUGGAUCCGUCAACGUACUGCGAGAGCCCGGUGUACAGCCCGGACGUGUGCCCCAACAUGAUCGCGGCACAAGCCAAGCUGGUGUACCAGCUGAACAAGUACUACACGGAGCGCUGCCAGGCGCGCAAAGCGGCCAUCGCCAAGACCAUCCGCGAGGUGUGCAAAGUGGUCUCCGACGUGCUCAAAGAGGUGGAGGUCCAGGAGCCCCGCUUCAUCAGCUCGCUGAGCGAGAUCGACGCGCGCUACGAGGGCCUGGAGGUCAUCUCGCCCACCGAGUUCGAGGUGGUGCUCUACCUCAACCAGAUGGGCGUCUUCAACUUCGUCGACGACGGCUCGCUCCCGGGCUGCGCCGUCCUCAAGCUGAGCGACGGCCGCAAGCGCAGCAUGUCGCUCUGGGUGGAGUUCAUCACCGCCUCGGGCUACCUGUCGGCGCGCAAGAUCCGCUCGCGCUUCCAGACGCUGGUGGCGCAGGCCGUGGAUAAGUGCAGCUACCGCGACGUGGUCAAGAUGAUCGCCGACACCAGCGAGGUCAAGCUGCGCAUCCGGGAGCGCUACGUGGUGCAGAUCACGCCCGCCUUCAAGUGCACGGGGAUCUGGCCGCGGAGCGCGGCGCAGUGGCCGCUGCCGCACAUCCCCUGGCCGGGGCCCAACCGGGUGGCCGAGGUCAAGGCCGAGGGCUUCAACCUGCUCUCCAAGGAGUGCUACUCGCUGACCGGCAAGCAGAGCUCGGCGGAGAGCGACGCCUGGGUGCUCCAGUUCGGCGAGGCCGAGAACCGCCUGCUGCUGGGCGGCUGCCGCAACAAGUGCCUGUCGGUGCUCAAGACGCUGCGCGACCGGCACCUCGAGCUGCCGGGCCAGCCGCUCAACAACUACCACAUGAAGACGCUGCUGCUCUACGAGUGCGAGAAGCACCCGCGGGAGACCGACUGGGACGAGGCGUGCCUGGGCGACCGCCUCAACGGCAUCCUCCUCCAGCUCAUCUCCUGCCUGCAGUGCCGCCGCUGCCCGCACUACUUCCUGCCCAACCUCGACCUCUUUCAGGGCAAGCCCCACUCGGCCCUCGAGAGCGCCGCCAAGCAGACCUGGCGCCUCGCCCGGGAGAUCCUCACCAACCCCAAAAGCCUCGACAAACUAUAGGAAGAGGGGGGGCCCGGGCGAGACACCGAGAGGGACACCAAACAAGAACGAGAACAACGAGGAGGAGGAGGAGGAAAAAGCCCGGGAAGAGGGGAGAGACCAGUGAGACUGCGAAGGGCCACAAACUCUUAUUUAAACAUCCAAAAGAGAGGGGGAGGGGAACCCUCCUAAUACAAAAGACUCAAAGCGGCUCUUUCUCUCCCCCACGCCCCGAAAAAUAAACUUUUUUAAAAAGACAGUAAAAACAGCGAUGGGACUUCGCGGCAACCACGCGAAAUUCGAGGUACAUUUCAUUUCAUUUCUCUUCCUCCCUCCCCCCAUAUUAAGUGUAUGUCAUUCAUUCUUCUCUUCCUUGAUCGUUUGCCUGAAUGUUGUCACCAAGUGAAAAACAAAAUUAUUUAACUGUAUGUAGACAUUUCUUUUCUCUAAAAAGCAAAGAAAGGAAAAAGCCACA